AUGAUAAACCACAUCCCACCAUCCUCUUCUGCCAAUGUCUUUCUUCAAUCACUAAUAGAAACCACCGGUCAUUUGGCGAUCACCUGGUCAUUGCGAAAUACCAAAUAUUCUUGGAAAUGCCUAUCUCCAACCCUUUUGCGUAGAACCGCCAAAGAAGCCUGUCCAGACAGGACCGAUGCGUUCACUCUCAAAUAUGUUCAUUUAUCUUUAUUUUCUCACCUUCCACCAUGGUACCCUGCGUGCGCCACCCCACACUGGACACCUGCACCUCCUGCGCCUUUGACGAUGCCUGACGAGUCUGCAUUUGAAAAACGCCUUCAGAAAGCCAUACCAAAGAUCAACCUGGUAAAUGCACCAAAGGCACGUUAUUUUGGCUCAAAAGAAAUCGGAACUGGUGUUAAUGGGUCAGUCGUUCAAGUACUGGUGAAAAGCGCAAAUAAUGGUCUCAGACUUGCCUUGAAGAGAUGUAAACUUGACCACGAUCGCGAAUACCGUGCUGCACUUGUUCGAGAAUUAAAGAUCAUGGCCACCGGGCAUAACAACUUAAUCAAAUUAAGAGAAGCUGCAGUCUUCAAAAGCGAAGUCUGGAUGGCAAUGGAUUUAAUGCGGUGUAGCGUGUUUGCUGUUCUGUGUGUCCGUGGUCUACCAGAAGAAUAUGCUGUGUAUAUCGUUCAAGAGACUUUAAAUGCACUCAUGUUCCUCCACGCCAAAGGAUUUAUACAUCGUGAUGUAAAGUGUGAGAAUUUAUUGAUAGGACCCAACGGAGAGGUUAAACUAGCUGACUUUGGUCUUGCCACGAGUAGUAAGCAUGUGAAUAGAGAAAGACUUGGAACAGCAAAGUGGAUGGCACCUGAAGUGAUUCGUGAACAGCCUUAUGGUGAAAAGGUUGAUCUGUGGUCAUUAGGAAUCACUCUGAUAGAAAUGAUGGAUCGCGUACCACCUCACUACGCUCUCAAGAAAGACGAGGCUGUAUUUGAAAAGAUUCUUGAAGAAGCCAGCCCAACAUUUACCUACAGUUACCCAAGUGUAUAUUGCAAUGGCCUUGUAGCAUGGUUACUUGAAGAGAAUCCUGAUAAUCGUCCAUCUGCUAAAGAUGCCGCAACCGAAAUUGAUGCUCACAUCUCACAAGAUCUGUUAAAGACAACAAAUGCACAAGGUUUGGCCGCCUUUGUCACCAAAACGAUGUAAAACAAACAAAAAUGAACGAACGAAAUGAAACAAAAUGAAACGAAGUAAAGUAAAAGUAAAGUAAGAUGCAAUUGAAAAAGAAAGAAAACAUUUUACACACGUAUCAAUUCUUACUUCUUUAUCUUACUUUAUUUUAUUUUGUUUCAUUUCUGUUUGAUUUUGCUCUGUUUUAUUCUCUUUAUUUAAAUGGCAUCCAAACUCACUCCAGCUCUCCCUUUACAAUACACUAAACUACACUAAACUACACUAAAUUACACUAAAUUACACUAAAUUACACUACACACUUUACACAACACAUUAUUUUACUAGUUUUCUUUCUAUUGCUUUUUUUUUUAGACCUUUUCCUUCUUUCUUUCUACUUCCUCUUCUUCUUUAUAUAUAUAUAAGAAAAAGAAAAGAAAGGAAGUCUUGUUUCCUUUUAUUUCCUAUUUACCCCAUAUAUCCCACCAUCAUAUAUAUAUAUAUAAACAUUGUGUUUCAAUUCUGUUUCAAUUUAUAUAUUUGCUAUUCUUUACACAAUAAUAAUAUCAGUAUCAGCAUCAGUAUCAGUAGCACC